AAAGACGCGAAUUUGUGCCGGCGGCGCGAAUGGCGCAAAUGGUGCGACGUGAAUGACGCGACACGAAUGGAGCAAACACGCGAAAUUCGGGUCAUUCGCCUCUUCGCGCAAGUUCAAAAUAUUGAACUCGAGCGAAUUAUUCGCUUGAUGCUGUGUCGGGGCAGCCUAUCAGCGUUGAGAUUUUCCCGUCGUCACCGAUGUCAGUGACGUGCUGCUGUCUCGUUCCGAAAAUGGAGGACAAGCUAAUAAUCGCUGUUUGUGGCCACCCAGAGCUGUAUGACGUUACGUCCCCACACUACAAGCUUCGGACUAAGAAAGACUUGCCGUGGAGGAAAGUGAGUGAGGAGGUCGGUCUGCCUGAGGAGAUAUGCCGCCGCAAGUGGAAGGGACUGAGAGAUACGUAUUUGAAAGAAAAGAAAAAGGAAAGAGAAAGAAAGAGUGGAUCAGCAGGGACAGGAGGAAAGCGGUGGAAGUACUCUGCGGUCCUCUCCUUCCUCGACCCCUUUGUCACCCCGAAAGAAACCAGUGGAAACAUGCGGGUGGGGGUCGAGGAAGAAGACCGGACCGCAGAGUACACACAGGAUGAGGGGCCAGUGGAGGACCAGGGCUCAAAUGCUGCAGCAGCAGAGCCAUCUGAUGUUGACAUGGGAGAUAUGCCUGAUCAUUCAUGUGACAGCAUCCACAGCAAUCCAACCACCCAGAGCGAGGAAGAGGACUAACAAGCGGAGUGACAGGACGGAAAGUGACAGGCGGUCAGAAAUUGAGGCGCUUCUUGUUGCUACUCUGAGGAGGCCGCAAGAACCUGCUCCACCUCCCCCUUCAGAUGAUGAGCUUUUCCUGAGAAGCCUGGUUCCUGCGCUGCAAAGAUUGUCACCCCAGCAGAAGGAAUUUGUAAAAUUUCAAAUACAUAAACUUAUUUAUGAGUCAAGUACUCUUAUCUUAAAUUUGGAACCUGUUGAAUAGGCUGCUGGGGUGACAAUCUGACAAUCUGGUGACAAUCAAAGCCUCACAGUGAUGUCUGCUUUUAUUGCAGUGUAGACAUGCCAAAUUAAGCUGUAUGACAACACAUUAAUAAAAUUUCAUGGAUAAAAAUAAAAA